CACUGACACUUAAAAUUGACAUUCUUGUUGAAUUUGGUUAUAAUUGGACUUGAUUGGAAAAUAUUAGAUAUUAACGAUACGUGAAAUAUACACACAUGAAAAGAUUUCUUAUAAAAUAUUUUGGUUACUAGUUUCAUUUAUGUACAAAUAGCAUGCUCCAUUGACUUGAUAACUAACUUUUUGCAAUGGUUUGAAACUAUCCAUAUAGUUUAAAACAUUAAUUUAUUGUGAAAAAUGAAGAAAUUAACAGGUUCUUUCCGAUAUACUCAAUGGGAUCCUUGGCUAAUAAUAUUCCAAAUAGUAUCUAUGCAGUGUGUUUUAUAUACCACGAUAGUACUUAUAAUAGCUAUACUGGGAUCAUUAAUUGGAGAACCGAAAACCCUGGAUAGCAUUUUUCAGUAUCAUGAAAUACAAGUACGUGAUUCAGGAGGAAUAAUUGUUAUUUGUAGUUUUGUUAUAAAUGCUGGGAUUGGGUCUAUUUUAAUGUGGUACAUAGUAGAAAGGACAAAACAAUGCAUGGAUUUCAGUUGUACGUGGCAUUUGAUUCACUUAAUCAUCUGUUGGAUUUACAAUGAACAGUUCCCCACAACAUUUUCAUGGUGGGCUUUAAAUGUGGCGUGUGCUACACUGAUGUGUGUUUGUGGUGAAAUUUUAUGUCUAAGGACAGAAUUGGCUGCUAUUCCUUUGUCAUUAGGUCCAAAGACUGAUCUGUAGAUCAACUAAUAAAAAAGAAAUCACUUGUGAUAUAAAACUCAUUUAGAUAAGUUAUGAUUAAUAAAGUACUAUUCAAGUUAA